AUGCCUUAUCAGGCCAUCGGCUACUCCGAGAACUACUGCGAGAUGCAUACGGGACUUUGGGGGGCCGGUCUCAGGUUGAGUCGCAUCCAUAAGGGCGUAUACUUCUGGCGACUGCUGAUUGGCAACAAUACGACACUGUCUACGAACAGUGGGGGACGAAUGUGCCUGGACAGACCAGGCAUCGUAUGUGCAGAUAUCGGCGUUCAGAGUGUACCUCUUGGCGUGCUCGCUGUUCUUCUUUGCAGACAACACGGAAGCGUUAAUGCAUUGCCCUCGUCGCUGAACAUCGACUACUUAAAGGAGAGCGUCUGGCUGAUAGACUUCGACACUCUCAUCUUGUCAAACAUCAGACUUUUGGAACUCUCCAACGUUCAACCCAAAAUGCCCAUCAAUCUUGACAACAUUUCAUUCUACUCGGCUCCAGCGCAAGCUGUGCGUCCAUUGGCAGCCCGAAGCACAACAAGACAGACUCCCAGUCCUUCCUGUUCUGUGAUGGGAAGAACCGCGAUCCCUCCUUCAGACGACACAACGACCACGCCCGAUCAGAUCAAGAGUCAUCGUGACAAGAAACCAAUCGUGUCCUCCCAAUCCCUUCCAGAGUCAAAUGUUGAGGGCAAAGUCAAUUCAAAUGAUAAGCCGUAUCUGCGGAUUGAACGCUGCCCAGGGUCUGGCGAUAUGGGCCACAGCUCAGCCAAGAAGCCUGUGACAGUGGACUUCAAUACGCGCGAGAAUUCGCCUGAGACGGCGGCUUGGUCUGCCAACUGUCUACCAGUCUCGGCGCUUUCGUUGCCAUCCGAGGCAUUCACGGCGGCAAUGCUUCCUUCGUACCCAGAUCCAGGUCCCCAAGCUGCCAACAACACAGCCGACCAGGCUCUCCCUCAAAAGUCGACUAAGAAUGCAUCGACUGUCAGCUCAGAGACCCUGCUCCAGAGAGCACUCCGCCUUACACCGAGCAUCCUCCCCAAGUGA